AAUAAACACAACACUUAGCUCAUCGGCAGAACACAUCUAGUUUGUUAUUUGAAAGACCGCAAAAUGUUCAAGUUGACAGUAAUUUUCGCUAUUAUCGCUGUGGCCCAAGCGGGCGUCAUAGCCCCAGUGGUGCCUGUAGCACACCCCGUCGUGGCUCACACGGCCGUGGUCCACCCGGUCCCACUAGUGCGCGCUGCCCACGUGGUUCACACCGCCCCAGUGGUUGCCGCUGCCCCAGUGGUCGCCGCUCCGGUGGUGGCUGCGGCUCCUAUCGUGCCGAUAGUUAAACAUGCGCCAAUUAUCGCUGUCCAUCAUUAAUUGUAGAAAUAAAUAAAUAUAUUUUU